CCCCCGCCCGGCCCGGCCCCGCUCGGCGCGGAGCGGCUCGGAUCGCAUCGGCUCGGCUCGCUUAGGCUCCGCUCGGCUCGCCCAGCUCGCCCCGGCGCCGAGGCUCCGCCGCGCCCGCCGCAGGAUGCCGGGGCCCCGCGGGCUCUGCCUGCUCGCCCUGCUGCUGCUGGGCACCCCCGCGGCCCCGCGCCCAGACAGUGGAUCGGGGGCAGCGCUGGUGCCGGCCAGCCCGGACCCUCUCGCUGCGGAUGAGCCGGUGGAGAAGACGGGCGAUGAAGCUGCCAAGCAGGGCACUGGUUUGACUGGUGGAGCUGAGGAUUUUGGGCAUGCCGUGCAUUCAGACCAUGGGGAGCUCGGGCAGGGCACUGCCCUCAACCUCCUGCCUGCCCCGGAGGACAGAGCUGCACCAGCGGAGGAGACAACACCGCUCCUGCCUACAGCCCCCGCUGCCCCCAGACCUGAUGCCAAACAAACUUCCCCAGUUAAGAAAAAGCCACCAACUCUAAAGCAAGUAAAUACAGGAAGAAAGCACCCAAGGCUGAAGCCCACCCUGGCAGGGCCCCCCGGGACUGCCUCCCCAGCCAGCCCACGGAGCUCCAGGCUCCCCACGGCCGCCCCAGGGCUGCGGGUGCCAGCAGAGGACACAGAGAGGAGCCCCCCCGAGCUUCCCUGGGGGGACCAGGCUACCACCAGCCGCCCCACGCUGCAGAUCUCCCCUUCCACCCUGCCCCCAGCCCUCUCCCGACCCUUCCCUGACAGCACCAGGGAUGCGGGAGAGGCUCCGACCGUGGCUCCCGCUGCCGUUAUCCCAACAAACAGCGCGGAGAGGGACGUGCACAGCUCUGCGUCAGAGGAGAGCCAGGAAACCACCACGUCCACCAUCAUCACCACCACCGUCACAACCACGGAGCCCACCCCGGUGCUCUGCAGCAUGAGCUUCCACGACCCCGAGGGCUACAUUGACUCCACGGAUUACCCCCCUCUGCCCCUGCACGGGUACCUGCAGUGCACCUACAACGUCACUGUCUACACCGGCUACGGCGUGGAACUCCAGGUGAAGAGUGUGAACCUGUCGGACGGGGAGGUUCUGUCCAUCCGCGGCGUGGAUGGUGACGCCCUGGUGGUCUUGGCCAACCAGACCCUUCUGGUGGAGGGCCAGGUGAUCCGCAGCCCCACCAACACCAUCUCCGUCUACUUCCGCACCUUCCAGGACGACGUGGCCGGCACCUUCCAGCUCCACUACCAGGUGUUUAUGCUGAGCUGCAACUUCCCACGGAGACCUGAGUUUGGAGACGUGACAGUGAUGGAUCUGCACUCGGGUGGCAUUGCUCACUUCCACUGCCACCUGGGCUACGAGCUGCAGGGCCCCCGCAUGCUGACCUGCAUCAACGCAUCCCGGCCGCACUGGAGCAGCCCCGAGCCCAUCUGCUCAGCUCCCUGUGGAGGGACAGUCCACAACGCCACCAUCGGCCGCGUGCUGUCCCCCAGCUACAGCGGGAACCACUCUGGCAGCAUGUACUGCGUGUGGGCCAUCGGGGCCCCCCCGGGCCAGAAGCUGCACCUGCACUUCGAGAAGCUGCUGCUGACUGAGAAGGACAGGAUGGUGGUCUACAGCGGGGACACCAACCGCUCGGCCGUGCUCUACGACUCGCUGCGCGCCGACAGCGUCCCCUUCGAGGGCGUCAUCAGCGACGGCUCCUCCAUCAGGAUCGACUUCCUCGCCGAGGAGCCCGCCGCCGCCACCGCCUUCAACAUCCGCUUCGAAGCCUUUGAGCGGGGCCACUGCUAUGAGCCCUACAUCCAGAACGGGAACUUCACCACCUCGGACCCCACCUACAACCUGGGCACCACCGUGGAGUUCACCUGUGACCCCGGGCACUCCCUGGAGCAGGGCCCCGCCGUCAUCGAGUGCAUCAACAUGCGGGACCCCUACUGGAAUGACACGGAGCCGCUGUGCCGAGCCACGUGUGGAGGGGAGCUGACUGCCGUGGCUGGGGUGAUCCUGUCCCCCAACUGGCCGGAGCCCUACACGGAGGGGGAGGAUUGCAUCUGGAGGAUCCACGUGGGCGAGGAGAAGCGGCUCUUCCUGGACAUCCAGCUCCUGAACAUCACCAACAGCGACAUCCUCACCAUCUACGACGGGGACGAGCUCUCCGCCCGCAUCCUGGGCCAGUACGUCGGCAGCAGCGGCCCCCAGAAGCUCUACUCCUCCAGCCCCGACCUCACCAUCCAGUUCCACUCGGACCCUGCUGGCCUCAUCUUUGGGAAGGGCCAAGGAUUCAUCAUGAACUACAUAGAGGUGUCCCGCAACGACUCGUGCUCUGACCUGCCUGAGAUCCAGAACGGCUGGAAGACCACGUCACACACAGAGCUGGUGAGAGGGGCCAAGAUCACCUACCAGUGUGACCCGGGCUAUGACAUCGUGGGCAGUGACACCCUCACCUGCCAGUGGGACCUCAGCUGGAGCAGCGACCCUCCUUUCUGUGAAAAGAUCAUGUACUGCACAGACCCGGGGGAGGUGGAGCACUCCACCCGCCUCAUCUCGGACCCGGUGCUGCUGGUGGGCACCACCAUCCAGUACACCUGCAACCCUGGCUUCGUGCUGGAGGGCAGCUCCCUGCUCACCUGCUACAGCCGCGAGACCGGGACCCCCAUCUGGACCUCGCGGCUCCCACACUGCGUCUCUGAGGAGUCGCUGGCCUGUGAUAACCCAGGACUGCCAGAAAACGGGUACCAAAUUCUUUAUAAGCGCCUCUACCUGCCAGGAGAGUCCCUGACCUUCAUGUGCUAUGAGGGCUUUGAACUCAUGGGGGAGGUGACCAUCAAAUGCAUCCUGGGCCAGCCAUCCCACUGGAGCGGGCCCCUGCCCAUCUGCAAAGUGAACCAAGACAGCUUUGAACACGCUCUCGAAGUAGCAGAAGCUGCUGCAGAGACGUCACUCGAGGGGGGAAAUAUGGCCUUGGCCAUCUUCAUCCCGGUGCUGAUCAUCUCCCUGCUGCUGGGAGGAGCGUACAUCUAUCUCACCAGGUGUCGGUACUACUCCAGCCUCCGCCUGCCCCUCAUGUACUCGCACCCCUACAGCCAGAUCACGGUAGAAACGGAGUUUGACAACCCGAUUUAUGAGACAGGGGAAACACGAGAAUACGAGGUUUCGAUAUAAGGACAGCGGUAAGAGAGUCUCCAGCAGCGAACUUAAUGUGCUCUCAUAGAACUUCCUCAGUAACUAAUCCAGAGACCACGUGGAGUUUGGUUGGACCCCCGGACCUGCUGUUGUCUUUCCUUUUGCCUCUCUAUUGAAGAUUUUACUGUUUUCUUCACUGUAUUUAUUCUAUUUAAACUGCGCUAGGUGUGCUGCCCAGCCCUGGGCACAGGCAGCAGCGGGAGCCGGGGCAGAGCUGGGUCCUGGUGAGGCCAGGGGGGCACGAGGGCACUGCUGUGUCCCCCUCUAUGGCAGAGUGUCCCCCUCCAUGGCAGAGUGUCCCCCUCCAUGGCAGAGUGUCCCUCAGCACUGCCCGCACAGACGCAGGGGGGUUUUUUUGCGGUUCUGAUGUUGUUAAAAAUUAAAGAUGUCUCCAUUGCAAGAGCCUGCGGUUGAUUGCUGGGAGCUGAGGUAGCGCAGGGUCCCCCACAGGGUCCCACCCCGCAGCUCCCGGCUCCCAAAGUGGGACCCUCCCCCGGGGGGCUCGGGGGGCACUGGCACAGGGCCCGUCCUCGCUGCAGGGCUCAGGAGAGCCACCGGCCAGGGAGCAGGGACAGCCUGGCACACACCAGGUACGUGCUGCUUUCUUUUCCCACCUCGCUUUGGAUGUGGAGAGGCAGCGAGCCGGGACUCCGGGGUGAUGCUCUGUGCAGAAACACCAACCAGUGCCACCCAGCCGCCAGCCCAGCGCAGCUGGGAGCCCUCGAAGACACCCUGGGGUGAGCAGAGCUCCCAGCCGGUGCCUCUCUGCUCUCUGCCUGUUGUUCCUCUCCAGCAGCACUUCCCUGCCAGGAACACCCCGACCCAGCAUGGCUCUUGGCCCCCUGGCAGCAUCUCAGGGUAAGCAGGAUGGGCUGGGCUCCGUGGCUCCUGCUGCAGGAGGGACCCAGGGCGGGUUGUGCUUUGCUGCCCACCCCGCACCUCUCGGAUCCACACCUGGCUGGGUCCCCCAGCCGGGCAGGGGAUGAAGGUGGAGGUGUUUGGAAGAAGAGGCAGCUGGGAUGUGAGGAUGCUUCAGCACAGGAGCUCUGUGGGGAGCAGGACAGGCAGAAAUUGGCCCCUCAGUCCCACCCUUGCCAUCCCCUGCACUCCUUCACUGCAUCACCCCUGCCAGAGCCACACAGCGGUGGGGACACGGACCCCAAAGGGCCACCCUGUCCCUGCUGUAGCCCAGCCAGCCCCUGGGGAGGGCAGCGAAGCCACCGCCACAUCCUUGGCUGCUGGUGUCCUUCUUUUGUCCUUGUAGAGCAAUCGCAAGCGCGGGAGGCUGGGUGAGCUCGGGGUGGUCGGUGCAGCUCUGUGGUGUACAGCUGGGAUUUAGGGGUUUUCCUUUCAAAACAACGAAUGUGUGUUUGUAAUUUGUAACGGUUAAAAAAAAAAAAAAGAGGAAAAAAAAAGAGGAAAAAAAAAAGUGCCAAAAAAUGUACGAAGCAUUUCAUUUCCCUUCAUACAUGUCUGUUUUUAUAAGAACAAUGUGAAAAUUGCUGGGAUUAAAUAUUUUUGAACAUGAUAAAGUAGUUCCGUGGGAAGCUCUAGCGUUCAAUAUAACCUCGAUAACAAUUGUUGUGUAUUUUUAAAUGUCUGAAAUCUGUUUGCAGAGACUCCAGCCACAGGCUGCAGCCAUGCAGGGCAGGAUGAGGGCCGGGCACGCUGCAUGUCCUGCUGGGGGAUGGUGGCCCAGUGCCACUGGCUUGGCUCUGAGCGCCAGCUCCUGCCCUGGGGCAGCCCCACAGUGUCCCCUGCUCCCGUGGGAUGGGGGCAUCUGACCCCUGCUGGGACAUGAGGUGACCUGGCACGGCCCUGGGGACAUCUCCCCUCUGUGGGUCACCCCACAGAGCCAGUGCUGGCUUCCCCAGUGAACUCAGCAUUUCCUCUUCCCAGCCCAGUGAUGUCCCACAGAGUGGGUGGGGGUCUGGGUGCUGCCCCAGGGCACUGGGACCCCACUGGAGACCCUUGGCCAUGUCACGGAGGACAUGCAGAAAGUUUUGGGGAGUCCUGGUAGCCCAACCCCAUUGGGCAGGGGGUCUGUGGGGACCCAUCCUGCCUGUGCCCUGCUCACCCAUCGGCUGCCCAACAACCUGUGGCUGUCACCUGACAGCUCCUAUGGGAGCUGGGGCAGGGCAGCUCCCCAAAACUACAGGGAGACCUUUGGGGGGACAAGAGGGGGCUGCCUCACCUGCCCCGGGUAUGGCUCCACGCCAGCUGCAUCCCACAUGGAGCAGGCAGGCACAGCUUGGGAGGAUCCCGGAGAAAAUCCCCUCCCUGCUUCCUGGGAGCCUCUCCGGGUUGAGCUGCUCUGCUGGGGACACAAGCGAGCCCCCAUGAGGUUUUCCUAAACCAUCAGCUGUGGGCAGGGCAAGGUCCUGCGGGGGGACCCCGGGUGCCUGCGGGACACCCUGAGCACGUCCCUGCUUGAGAGCGUGGUGGCAGCGUGGUGGCAGCGUGGUGGCAGCAUGGUGACUGUCACCUCGCCAAGGAGCAGCGCCACCGGGACACCCCAGCCGGAACAGCAUUCCCUGAUGCCAGCAGUCCCAAGUGUCCCUGGCAGCGGGGAGGGAGGGGGAUGCUCAGCCCACCCCACACCCGGGGGCCGAGGAAACCUGGGGCCUCCCAUCUGUCCCUGCACCUCCGCAUCCAAAACAAUGCAACAGUGCUGCCCUCCCCAAGCGUGCCUUUAACCAAGGUUAUGCUGUGACAUCGAUAAUGGCUUUGCUCAGCAGCUGCCAGCCUAAUGCACGGGGGGCGAGGGAGCCAAGGCUCUGAUGAAGAGCAUUCCUGGGGGAGGGAGCUUGGGUUAUUUUUGGACAGAGAUUGCAAGAGAAUUAAAAUGAAGGGAAAAAAAAAAAAAAAAAAAGCCCUUGAUGCUGCCGUUCCUCCUCGGUGACGUAAAGCCGGAGCCAAUCUCUGGCCUCAGGCGUUGUGCUGCGGAUGGAGCUUUGUCUGGGCCCAGCAGCCUCGGCCACAACAGCCUCCCCCUGCCUCGGGCCGGGAGAGGGGCACAGCGGGGCAGACACACGGCUGAGGGACCCCCGAGGCCAGGGAUGGAGCAGCAGAGACCCCUUGAAUCCUUGCAAGCUGCAUUGGAGGCUGGUGAGGCAACAGCAUCCCUGCCCUGCCCAGCUCAGGCACAGCAUCCCUGCCCAGGCAAGCUCAGCACAGCAUCCCUGCCCAGUCUGUAUCAGGCACAGCAUCCCUGCCCAGCCCAGCUCAGCACAGCAUCCCUGCCCAGCCCAGCUCAGGCACAGCAUCCCUGCCCAGCGCAGAAGGCUGGGAAAAGCCCUGGGAUGUACUUGGCACAGCUCUGCCAGCGACACCCUGGCAGGAGCCCAGUCUGUGGGCAGCCUCCUGGCUCCAGUGGUUCUGUCUCCCUUUUCCCGAGA